UGAUCUCCCGCUAGUCAUAUAUAGUACUGGCCGGCAGGCGUACCAUGGUACCAGUAUAUAUGCGCUGCCAACCCCCUCCGUGCCUCACCGCCCACCUUCCUUUUCCAUCCACCUGAAGCACACAAGAGACAGAGAGAGAGAUGUCCGGCGUGUGGGUGUUCAAGGACGGCCUCGUCCGCCGCGUGGAGAACCCCGGCAAGGACGAGGAGUCGUCGUCGGCCGGUGGCGGCGGGGGCAAGCGGAAGGUGCUGGUGCACGUCCCCAGCGGCGAGGUGGUGACGUCGUACGAGGUGCUGGAGCGGCGGCUGCGGGAGCUGGGGUGGGAGCGGUACGUGGACGACCCGUGCCUGCUGCUCUUCCACCAGCGCUCCACCGUGCACCUUAUCUCCGUCCCGCGCGACUUCUCCAGAUUCAGGCUCGUCCACAUGUACGACAUCGUCGUAAAGACACGCAACGUCCUCGAGGUGCGCGACGCGUAGCUUGUCAUUGGUCGAUCGAUCGGCCGGGCAUACAUAUGAACAUGGCCUUUAUAUGAAGGUAACCUCUCGAUCUGGGGCAUGUCCCACGCGUACGUACGUAGUACGUGCGUGCCGUGACCUCAGUUUGGGGUUUGUAUUUUGCUGUAGGCAGUGGUGAUGUCUACGGAAGUGGUAUAUGGUAUAUAGAUGUUUUGAAUACUUCGCAUACACACAUAUAUAGAUAUAGAUAUAGGGGGAAACACCAAGGGGAUCGAUAGACAAAGUUGGUACAACGGAGAUGUACCCGCUCUUUUGUAUUUAGUCAUGAUCCAUGUGCGCGGCUUGUAGAGACUAUAUAUGUACGAUGUGCAAAUUAUU